AUGCCAUUUACGGGUGCGGGCCACCAGAACUUUCAGAGGAUGCCUGCCACUUGGACAAAUCUCGCAGCGAACACGUCCGCAUCUGACCUCGCUGCUUGUGCAACACCUGGCGCUGCUACCUGGUCACCUUCUUCCGCCUCUUCUGCCGUCGCAUCCCACGUGGACAGCUCUGCAGCCCAGCCCACCAACGUCACCGAAAUAAACGUGGUAUCGUCUCCGCCUACCAGCCAUGCCGCUUCUCCCUCGCGGACACGUUCGUCGCCUCUGGGGCCUUCUCUUGCAGCGAAUGUGAUACAGAGUCAUUCCGGCGCUUGUGAUGCUGGAAAGGCCACGAGAGCACUCUCAGUGGCGCAGACGGAAGCCUACGUAGCCAACAGCGACCCGGAGGAUGGGGAGAACGGCGGAGAGCCGGACGGAGCCGAGACCCCGCAGCAUCUUCGGUCUCCAUCACCCACCCACUCUAGUAGCCAUCAGGAUGUGCCUGCUACUCUGGACGGCGUCGAACACGCAGCAUCCGUCUGCGUCCAGCUCCCAGCGUCCUCUCCAUCAUCCAGGCCGCCGCGAGAAGAUGCAAGCUCCAAGAGAAAGCCAAGAAAGCAGCAGGCUCGUCGUGGCUCUGACGCUACCGAUGAUGACGCUGGUGAAGUGUCCGUCGAUGACGAUGCUGCCUACGCUGCUGCGCUUGCGGCGCAAGAGGAGACGCUCGCCCGUCGUCGUCCUGCUCGAGGUGCUCGCAAAGAAGUGAGCUACAUCCCCAGCUGCGAUCUAGAUGGCCGCCCGUUUGCUUCCAAGAAACCGAGGGACCAGGCUAACAACUCCAUUGCAUCAUCUUCCGCAAUCAAGCCGAAUUCUGCUGCAUCAAAAGAAAAUUCUGCAAUCAAGAGGGUCAAAGGCAAGCGCAAGUCGAGGGUUUUCUCGGAUGAUGACGAUGAAGAUGGCGACGGAGUUGGGCCCAGCUCAUCUAACAAGUCGAAAGGCGCUGCCGCGGAUCCAAUCGCAGAGAGCGCUGCCGACCACACCGACGAAGAUAUCGGCUUCAAGGCGAGGGAUCGCAAAAAGGGAAAGGUCGGCAAGCCCGUUCCGACCCGCAGCGACAAUGAUGACGAGCAAGAAGAAAAUCAGGCUAGGCGCAGGAAAGUCCCAAUGGAUCGGUCACCUCGUCGUAAGAGGGAGAGGGCGCAUGAGAAUGACGAGGAGGCACCUGCCGUCAAUUCCGAUCACGAUGACGGCAUCUUGACACCGCCCGCUCCGACCUCGCCACGCCGGUCGUCGCGCAAGAGUGUGCCUUCACCUGAAAAGCAGCAAUUGAAAGAGACGGUCGAGGGCAAAGUUACCAAGAAGGGCAAAGGCAAGAGCAAGCAAAAGACAUUUGACCUCGAUGGGGAGAAGGAUCAAGAUGAGGAAGAGAAGGGCGUCGUUGCUGUGGGAGAUGCGGCAAACGGAGCGGAAGACGAUGACCAGCCGCCGAGAAAGUCGAGUCGUAAAGGUGCGGCUUCUAGCAAACCUUCGAAAUCGGAUGAAGUCGCACCGCCAGAGGAGGAAGACGAGGACGAGGUAGAUGAAGAAACAAAGCAGUCUUCCGACAAGACAACCCCCUCCACAGUUGCAUCUACCUCGACCUCCAAACCAACGAACACGGCCACAUUAGCGUCUCCCGCUGCAGCCAGCAUCUCGACUGCGCGCCCCGCUCCCACAUCCGUCGCAAUCAAGCGCAUCACCACGAGCUCCUCAUCUUCUCCGUCCCUCUCCCCCUCUUCCCCCGCUACAGUACGUUCGUUCUUCGGCAAACCGCUCACGACGCUACUCAACGCUGGCUCGGUUCGCCGACCAGGACUCACGCGCAAGACGAACAUCCCUUCGCUGCUCAAUCAUCGCGGAGCGCCCAAGCCGCCUGCCGCGAAGCUGGCCGUAUCGAAGCGACGACUGCAGGACGAUGAUUAUGAGUACGAUGCCGAGUACGAGGCGAUGAUUGCCAAGGGGAAGAAGGGCAGCGAUGAUGAGGAUGACGACGAGGAGGCGAGUGAUGCGGAGGGGCAAAAGGAGGUGGAGGUCGAGAUUGAAGAGUACGAUUGA